UAGAAUUCAAUUUACUCAAACGCGAGAAAAAUUGAAGAAUUUUCCCAUUCCGAGAUGAUUUUUCGACCGUCCGCUAGGCAGAGCAAAGAGCAUCACCAAUUAACGUUAUUAUUUAUCGGUAUCGUGCCGGAUUUAAUCAAAGAUGGCGACCAAAAAUUACAAGUACAAUAAAAUACCCAAUUCCGAAUUACCCACAAUUAUCGUGGCGUCUCCUUCUUGCGAAACCAUAAAAGAGGAAGACAACAAUAAAAUGAUACAGGGUAAAGGAGGAGAAGAAAGUGAUGCAAGCGAAUGCGAAGAGGAAAAAUCACGGGAGUCUUUGAACAGACGAAAUAGCAUUUCCUUACCAAAUUUAGACGAUUUCUCAACGCUUACUAAGAAACUAUCGGACAAUUGUGAUAAAAUAUACGAAAACGAAAAUUCCGACAAUGAAUUCAAGGGUUACACGCGUAAUGUCCGAAGGAAAUCCGUGCUGAGCCCGAGAAUGUUGAGACCACCGGCGGACGAAUUAGAGGCGGCCGCGAAUUCCCCGGCCAACUCGAUCACCUCCGUCAAUUCCAUAGCCAGCUUGCUUCGCGAGAAAAUACAGAAUCUACCUCAAACGUUGAGAAAGAAAAAAUCGCCCGAAUACAAAACGAAAAUCUUCGUCGGCCUCCUGUUCGUCGCCAUUGUUGUGCUUAUAGUCACGGCCUACUGUUUGUACCAUCAAAAAGUACUAGCCAAAGUUUACUUUGGAAACAUGAAGCUGAAUAAAGCCAAGAGAACUGUAAAAAUAUUUAGCGAAAAUGGCGGCGAUAUCGUGCAAAUACAAUUGGGUACUACCCUCGAUUACGAUAACGUGUUACCUUGCUUAUCUAAGGAUCAAAGGAACGAUGGAAGUCUCUGUUUGGAAUGGAUGAAUAGGGCGAGACUGUAUUUGAGCUUCGCCGAUUUGGGCUCGGACGUGAAACGGUACAAUUUCGAAUGGAUCGCUCUGUCUGAAGAUUUCCAUCCCACCGAUUGCUUCGACAUGUCGAACGCCCAUUGGUACGGGGGCGGUCAAACGGCCGAAAUGGCCUGGCCCUUGGAGAAAGGCGGCCACUUUUUUCAACCCUUCAUCACCGGCAACGUCGAAACCCACGAAUGGGGCAACGUACUGAAGAGGUACUUCAUCAAUUCCAAAGCCGCAGCCAUAAUAAUCGACGACAAAACGCCCCUCUACGUGUCGAUCAAAGACAUGCCGAAGAAGGAGUUCUGCGUGAGAGCGCAGUACGACGAUUUCGCCUACGCCAAUCGAUUCGCGCCUACCGCUCGAUUGAACUACAGCGUCUUCACCGGCUCAAACAUGACCGAAUUGCACGUGUUCCUCAGCGAGCACACCCUGUGGGACGGCAUGAACCGCAACGACGGCAACAUCAUCGACUAUUUCCUCAAGGAACCCGUUUGGGAGAUGCCCGAACACAAGGAAUUCCUCACGCAAGGUGCAAUAGAUUUGUACACCAACAACAUGACCAGCACGGUGUCCAUCUUAAAACAAGGCCACAUACUGUUCAACGAGUACUGGCAGGAGGAAGUGGGUAACUUCGAAUUGGACAAAAUCAGAUUCCCCUCGUUCGAUACGCUGAUGGAGAAACUCAUCAGGCGCGGCUUCCGCGUCGUCUUCACUAUCCAACCGUUCGUAUCUACAGAAAGCUCGAAUUUCCCGCAGGCCGUGCGCCAGAAACUGCUCAUAUCCGAACGCGACAACGACAAGCGCGUCCCGGCGCUGACGCGCUACAAAUCGGUGCGCAGCGCCGGCGUCUUGGACAUCACCAACAACCGCACCGUCGCCUGGCUGUUGGACAAACUGCGCAGGAUCAAAGAGGCCUACAAGAUCGACGCGUUCUACCUGGACAUGGGCGUCGCCUACAACCUGCCGCGGUACUACAGGAGCGAGGAACUUCUGCUGAAUCCCGACGAGUACAAGACUCGCUUCGUGGAGGCGUUGCAGAGCGCCGAGGUGCCUUUGUUCGGCGUGAAUAGCGCCGUGCGCAGGCCCAAAUCGCCGAGUUUCGUGGUGUUGCCGGAGUUCGAGUUCUCCUGGGACGGGUUGAGGAUGAUCAUACCGGCCAUUUUGAGCUACGGGAUAGCCGGGUAUCCGUUUCUGAUACCGGGCGCCGUCGGCGGGGAUUACCCGGGGCCCGAGACGGUCGCUUUGGGUAACGACGCCGAAGACGUGCUGCACGAUCCCGAGCUGUACAUCAGGUGGUUGCAGUUGAGCGCUUUUUUGCCCGUCGUGAGGUACCGGCAUUUGCCGAGCAAUUACGAUCAGAGGAAUAUAUCGGGGAUCGCCAAGGCGUUGGCGUUGACUAGACAGGAUAAGAUUACUCCGAGAUUACAGACGCUGGCGAAGGUGUCUUUGAACAUCGGUUUGCCUCUCAUAAGGCCUUUGUGGAUGCUCGACGCUGACGAUCCGGCUUGUCAUUUGGCGGUAGACGAGUUUUCCAUCGGCGACGAAAUUAUAGUCGCUCCUAUUCUACAUAAAGGGGCCAAACAGAGAGAGAUAUACCUUCCUGCGGGCGUUUGGAAAGACGGAAUAGACCACAGUUUGAGGAAAGGUAAUCGUUGGAUACACAAUUACAGAGUGGAAGAACAAGAAGUACCAUAUUUCGAGCGCCUACCCGAUGAUACUAGAUUUUGAAUCUCUCUUAGGUGUAUUUUAUCUCAAACCUCGAUUAGACCUCUCUCUCGGGCACCUUUAUUUUUAUAAAUAAAGAAAUAGCAAGUACUGUAUUACGUCAAAAGAGAGGUACCCAACGUGUUAUAUUCACUGUAGUGAUAUCCAAUAUAUUACUACACACACAAUAGUGAUAUCCAACGUAUCAUCGAGAAAUUUAUCUCGCAUUAUUAUUAAUUAACUAAAAAAAUACCUUAAAUAUAACUUAAUUAAAAUUUGAAUUCCUUAUAUUUCUUCGUUUGCUUCAUAUCCUGCUGUUGUCUCUUUC